GAAGGUGUCACGCGCUGGGAAGGAGCUCGUUCCGUGAUAAACGAAGGGCGAUAACUCGGUCUCUUACCAUGUGAAAGCAAAGACUUGUGCGGACCGAGACUUGGGUAACGGUUUGAAGUGAUUGACGAAGUAACGUUUCUGGCAGGAACGGUGUUUCGAAACUUUGGCAAUAUAUGCUACAUUUACUCUACAAUCCAUCAAUGGCUUCUCGAGGGCAGCAGGAAACAACCAAGCUGAGGCAGAAUAUGGAAGAACAGCUUGAUCGCCUCAUGCAGCAGUUGACUGACUUGGAGGAAUGCAGAGAGGACCUAGAACCAGAAGAAUAUGAAGAAACCAAGAAUGAAACAUUAGAACAGUUAAAAGAAUUUAAGGAAUCAUUGGACAAAAUGGUUGGAGGUGAUCUAAGUCUUGUUGAUGAACUGAAUGGGAUGCAACUGGCUAUUCAAGCUGCAAUAAGUAAAGCAUUCAAGACACCUGAAGUUAUCAGACUCUUUGCGAAAAAACAACCAGGUCAACUGAGACAAAGAUUGGCUGAUAUUAACAGAGAUGCAAAAAUUGGUAAGAUCAGCAAGGAAAUGGAAACACUACAGUCUGUGGAAAUAAUGACAGCUCUGAAGAAACUUGGAGAGACUCUAACAUCUGAGGAGGAAUCGUUUCUACAGACAAAUUCUAGUUCAAAUUUGAAGGAAUUUGAGCAAGUCUCCAGUAAUUUAGCAUCAGGGGACAAGGUUCUGGCUGUGGCAGGAUCACAAGUGGAACAGGCAAUCAAGUGAAGCAGAAACAGAAAAAUACAAUUGUGCAAUUGAUAUUUUGCAGAUUCUUUAUACAAGAUGAAAUUUACAUUUUUGUUGUUGAAAAAUAACUUUGCCUGUCCAUAAAAAAACAUUGUAAUGAUUUUCCUUGUGUAGUCGUUCAGCUGGAGCACUUUCAUUGCCUGUUAUUUGUCUCCCCGUCCUGGAUUGUUAAUACGAUGCAGUAUUUUAACUCACUUGCUCCCUGUUGGUUCAUCCAGGAUUACUGUUAACAGAUUGAGAGACAGUCAGAAAUUAAAUGCUUGAAAUUUGGAUGAAUUGGACCAAAUUUGUCAUUUUCUGUGGCUCUAAUGGUUAGGGUUUGUAAGGUCUGGAAAUAACUCAAAUCUUCACUGAAACUACAAGGCCUAUGGAGCUGAUACUUGGCAUGACUGAACUCAGCUAUAGUGUCUCAAAAACAUGCUUAUAGGAUCCAAUUUUAAAACUGUGUACCUCAGCAGCCAUUAGAGUUUUUCUGAUAAUUUGAAAUAAUCGAAGAUCAAUCAUAAGUUCCAAAAGACCUCAUUUCUGGCGGAAUAUUGCUAAAAGCGGCGUAAAACCAUACUCACUCACUCCAAAAGACCAGGCAAUCAAAUGCAAUUUUCCAUAAUUGAACACAAAUGUUUGCCCACACUCUCAACCCUGAGAUGCUUUUAUUGCCUGAGAAGGUUUAUUCAUGUCUUAGUUUAUAGUACUUAGAAAAGAAUUAAAAAUUUACCUGUUCCAAAUUGCUUAUGACAUCCUGUAGCAAUGACAUCGUGACGAUAGGUUGUAUGUUAAGUGCCAGGGGAACAGAUAAACUUAAACUUCAGCACAAUAUAAAUAGACUAGAUUAGAUAAGUUUAGAUGAGUACUUGGAGAAGUGUGGGAGAAAGAGCAAGGACAGUGUUCUUUUAAAUAUUUUUAUUAAAUCAUUGAGCUAA